UUACCAAAUAACAAAGUAAAUUAAAGCUAUGAAGAGGUAUUCUAUAGUGGUAGGACUUUUCUGCUGCAGUUUUCUGUACACAUCAGCCCAACAUUCUGAAGGGCGGCGUAGAUUCACAGUACCAUCUCUUUCUGACAUUUUGACGAGCCCCACUGAUCAUGGCACUGGAGUUAUCAACCUUUUCGAUCCUUCUGGGGGAUUUGGGGAGGCACAAGCUGGAUUUGAAGGCUUAAAUGACGGGUUUGCAAGUCCAUCUGGCGAAAUUGGAAGCGGAAGUGGGACCGCGAACGAGUUUGGAAAUGCCCAAGACGGAUUUGGCGGUCCUGUAGGUGGAAUUGUAGAUGCAAAAGGGCCAGUUCAUGGAGAUGCAACCAUAGAAUCGACAGGUCAAGGCCACGCUCAUGGUCAUGAAGUUCAUCACAACAACGCGGAAAAUGUUGUUCAAAACUCUAUAGGUCAAAACUCUAUAACGGACGCUCUUGGAAAUGCGCCACCUCCACCUACAGGCACACACGUCGAUUUGCCGGGUGAACAUGGAAAUCCCCACGAUUUUCCAGUAAUUCAUCAUGGUGAAGUUCCAAUUCAAGAUCUUCAUCCAAAUAGCAUUGCAGCCAAAAUGAAUAAUUUACCAGGAGACGAUCAUUCCGUUCCUGUCCCGAUGGAGAGUUCACAUGGUCCACAUACUGUAUCCCAUGGUCCUGCCAAUGUGGAUCAUAGCUCAAAUCCAUUUCAUGCGACAAAUGUUCAUAACUUAGCCGGUAGACCCAUAUCAAAAGGAGGUAAUUUUGAAGACUUGACCUCAUUACAAAAUAAUGGUGAUGGUUUUAUGGACUUCGGUGUGCAACAACCCAUACUCACAGUUGACGGGCUACUUAACCUUCCACAUGAUUCAUCAAUUACUGCGAACCAUGCAUCUGAUCAGCACCAUUCAAUGCACAGUAACAUAGACAGUAGCUCAUCUAAAACAGACGGUUUCGUAUCAAAAAGCGAUGGUUUCUUUUCACCUGAAAGUGUAGGACACGUGGAUACAACUCAACAAUCAUUCGAUAAGAUACCAAGUGAUUUACCAGGCCAUCACCAAACCCCGAUAGAUGGCGCGCCUGUUGUUGGUAACACUCAUAUUGACAUGCCAGGACAGCAUGGUGUUCCUAUACACGGAGAACCUGUGGUUCAUAGAGAAGGAAGCAUUAUGCAACCGGGACAAGGAGUGCCAGUAGUUGAUGUUCACGUUGAUAUGCCGGGUGAACUCAAUAACCCACAAGAUGGGGGACCCGUUAUUCACAGAGAAAUACAUCAUGGUAGUGGACAACACCCUGCAGACCGAAACACAAUAGACCUAAAUACAGCAUUGCAUGGCCCCUCAAUAGAUGGUGUACCCAAAGUCCAACACAUAGAUCACAGUGGUAUCCACAUCGACGAGCCAGGGGUUCAUGGUAACAUGUUGAAUGAACCUGCUCUACAUCUACCGCCUGGUGCCACUGUACAAGAUGCAAUAGCGGCCGGAAUAAUCCCUGACCCUUCACUGCCUGAAGCAUUUGAACAUCAAACCGGAACACUGCCAGGUGCGUCUGAUAUUGAACCUUUAAGUAAUGUACAUGUUGAUCUUCCUGGGGAACAUGGAAAUCCAAUUAGUGGCCAAGCAGUUGUACAUAGAGAAAAUGCAGGUGGAUUAGGACACCAAAAUGAAGGGCUUAAUAUUAAAAAUGCCGGAAUUGGAGUAAACGUUGAUAGCGUGCAUGUUGACUUGCCAGGACAACAUGAUAAUCCAUUAGAUGGCACGCCAGUUAUUCACAGAGAAGGACAACAAAACAUAGGUAAUAGAGGUUUUGGUAACAAACCUGCGACGUUAUCCUCGGGUGCAAGUAUAUUUGGAGACGUUCAUGUUGAUUUACCGGGAGAACAUGGUAAUGUUGGUGAACAUCCAGUCAUACACAGAGAUUCAUUACACACUGGACAUCAGGACAUCGCUCCAAUGGAUAAUGUUCACGUUGAUAUGCCUGGGCAGCAUGAUAAUCCUGCAAAUGGAUUCCCAACUAUUCACAGAGAAACAACUCACAUUGGAACUCAAGAAAGGGCACCUAUUGGUAAUGUUCAUGUUGAUUUACCGGGACAACAUGGGAAUCCUAUAGAUGGACAGCCAGUCAUUCACAGAGAAGCAACACACAUAGGGCCACAAGCUGAUAUUCCAUUAGGUAAUGUCCACAUCGAUUUACCAGGACAGCAUGGAAUUCCUGCCAACGGUAUGCCAACUAUUCAUAGAGAAGUAAUGCCAAUGGAAUCACAGGGUGGUGCACCAAUGGGUAACGUGCACAUUGAUUUACCAGGGCAACAUGGCGUUCCUGCAAAUGAUAUGCCAACUAUUCAAAGAGAAGCAACACCAUUCGUACCACCAGUUGGUACACCAGUAGGUAACAUGCACAUUGGAUCGCAAGGUGGUGCACAGAUGGGCAACGUUCACAUUGAUUUACCAGGUCAACAUGGCAUUCCUGCCAACGGAAUGCCAACUAUUCACAGAGAAGAAACACCAAUCGUACCACCAGUUGGUACACCAAUGGGUAACAUGCAUAUUGGAUCGCCAGGUGGUGCACAAAUGGGCAACGUUCACAUUGAUUUACCAGGUCAACAUGGCAUUCCUGCCAAUGGAAUGCCAACUAUUCACAGAGAAGCAACACCAAUCGUACCACACAUUGGUGCACCAGUGGGUAACGUGCACAUUGAUCUACCAGGGCAACAUGGCAUUCCAGCUAACGGUUUGCCGACCAUUCACAGAGAAGUCACACCUUUUGGACCGCAGGUAGGUGAUGUGCACGUUGAUUUACCAGGACAACAUGGCAUUCCUCCCAAUGGUAUCCCAACUAUUCAUAGAGGAGCAACAGAAAUAGGAAUACAAGUUGGUACACCCAUAGGUAACGUUCACGUUGAUAUGCCAGGUAACCACGGAAAUCCAAUGCACGGAAUUCCAACUGUCCAUAGGGAACCGGAAAUACCAAGAGGUUUAGGUAAACCAAGUCAUCCAAAACAUUCUGGUAUUCAUAUUGAUGCUCCCGGAGAACAUGGAAACCAGUUGAAUGAGCCAGCAUUGCAUCUUCCUCCAGGGGCAACUAUAGAAGACGCUAUUGCAGCUGGGGUUAUUCCAGGUCCAAAACAGUUUGAUCAUAGUAUUUCUAAAGGAAUUGUGCCAGGUAUGUCUCCGGUUGUGCCAACAGGAGUGUUGCCCGGCACAAAAAAUGUGCCUGUGCCCAAGAGAGUUGGAAAAGAGCUUACAAAUCACGGCAUAUUUCCUAAACCGAAUUCACUACACAUACCAGGUUCAAGUAAAGGAAAAAGUCUUGGGGACAUGUUAGGUUUACCAACGGUUCACUUAAAGGAAUCUAUCGGUAUUAAUGACUAUGACCGUACAAACGUUGGUGUCAUCGAUGAUAAUAGUGUUUUGCUUAAAAAGGGAGGUCGGCGACGUAAUGGACGUCAUGGGAAACGCCGCCGCCAAGGUCGCAAAUGGCAUCAUCUUACAACUACAACUCCUGCUCCAAAGAAAUCCAGCGGAGGUGGCAUUACGAUAAUUAGAAAAACAAAUCCUAAUCCUUUAGCAGUAUUGGGCGAUGCUUUGAGAUCUGCCUUUAAUAACCGAAACUCUGGAGGUGGUGGCCUUUUAGGUACUUUGAUGCGAUCUGUUGUCAAUGCUCAACAGGGACCUCGAAUUUUACCACCAGGGGGCGUUAUAAUGAGACCUAUCAGAAUACAGCCAAUCGGCGGGCAACUUUUUGGACGUUUAUUUGGUGGAAAGUGAUAAUGUAUGAUCAAAUAACAGAUAGUAGCCAAUUACAAAAGAUGAAUAUUGUCAAUAUUAUAUUUAUAACUUAUCAAGCAAAAAAUGUCUCAUAAUUAUCAAACAUAUUUAAGGUUUGAAUUACAAAUAAUAGAAACGCUGAAAUGAGAUAAUGGCAUCUUUUAUGUUUCGACUUUAGAAUAUAUAUAGAAA